GGGGUCCAAAAAAUCUGAUGUUCCUUGGGCUCCCCAGAUUACUCUGGAAGAUAGGCCCAUAAUGACCAAUGAAAGCGCCGAUGACAUAAAUGUCGGCGUUGCCCUUACUACGGCGCUGCUCCUUCCUGGUGAUUUGGAGCGGAAUGCCGGGUAUAGUGAAUAUGAGAACUAUGCCCUAAUGCUCCAGCACUCUGUUCAAGCCAUCCAGCAUGCCCACUCAUUUUCAAUGCAAUCUUUCCAGAAUCGAGAGAAGCUGGUCGACCUGAGGAGGGAGGUUUCUGCCCUCAAAAAGGAGAACAAAAAUCUCCUUUCAAAAAUGAAAAAGCUGGAAGACCAGGCUGAGGCUGCCACCAAAGCCCAAACCUUAGCCGAGGAAAAGGCCGAAUCUGCUGAGGCCAUCAAGACAGUUGCUGAAUCCCAAAAGAAAGAGGUCGAGGCAAGAGCGGCCCAGGCCGAGAAGGAACUUCAGGAAGCCUUAGCCACAAAAGAAGCCGAAAUCAAAGAGGCUGAUGAGAAGGCCGAAGAAGAAUCUGAGUCUGAGUCUGAAGCCGAGGAUGAGGAUAAUAAUGAUGAUGAGGCGUUGGUGAGGAAAUCCAAGGAUGCUACUGAGGCCAAGUCCCCUCGUCCAACUGAGCAAGUUAUGGACUUAACCUUGGAUGAAGAGGGUGAUGAGGUUGGGGAGGCGCCAAGGGAAGCUGUUACAGGGCAAUUAUCAUCCGACCUUCUCUUAGCUGAAAGAAGUCUUGACAAAACGCUUGCAGAGAUUGAUGCCGAGCUGGCUGCAGAGAAGGCUGCCGAAGUAGUUCCCCAGGAAUCUGCCGAGGUCCAGACCCAAAUCGCUUCUGAGACUAAAGAAUCAUAA